AGACUCGAUUUUGAUGGUUCUGAUGAGACUGCAAACUUGGAUAACCCAAUUAUUGAUGAGAUAUCAACGUCUGAGUCUGACAAGGAAGGAAAUAUUUUUGACAUAGAUUUGCCUAAUUUAGAUGCAUUUGGAGCUAACUUCUUCUCGGAAUUGUUAGUUGAUCUAGAUCUUGGCUUUGAAGGGAUAGGUUGUCCUUGCCAGCCAAUCUUGGGUGCUUCUACAGACGCUGUUUCAGGGUCCUCACAGGAAUCUAAGGAUGGUAACAUGGCCGUUGAUCAAGUCAUAUCAGAAUUUUCCUCAACUGUGACUGAGAUGAGCUCAGAAAAAGAUGUGAACAUUCAAGGUCCAGAUAAUCUAACUGCUGUGAAGUCUAUAAGAAAAUGCAUAAUCUUAAGCCCUGCAAAAGCCCAUAGGAGUUCUAUGGAGCAGGAGAAUCAUGUAGCAAUAAACUGAAAGGUUUGAAGAUUCUGGUGACACCUGACGUGACCUGGAACCGGCACAGAACUUACAGAUGGAUUCUUAAUUGACCUAACAAUUCCAAAAUCAUGUAUUCGUCUUUCAUUAUCUUAUCAAUAAUUUAUUUCUCAAGUAAAUGUUUCGAAGGCCCAAAAUAUACCCACACAAGCUAGGCAAGACAACGGUUAUUUUUGUGGCUUGAAAUUUAGAUAUAUUUUUUAAUGGAUUCAAAUUGUUAUUCAACCUGAAAGUUUCGCGUUGCGAUACGAUUGUAUAAAAAGUAAGAUAUGUGGUGAUACCAUUUAU